AUGGAGGAUGAGAAGUGCUUCCAUUUUGCUGACUUUGAUUUUGCAGAGUCCUCUUUUUUGCUGAGUUUGAAGAGUCCGAACUUCUGGCAUAAGAGUGCUCUCCUUGUACUGAGUUUGAUGAGUUUGAAGAGUCUGAACUUCUGGCAUAAGAGUACUCUCCUUUUGCUGAGUUUGAGGAGGCUGAAUAGUUGGCAUGUUUCCCUCGAACAGAACAACCUUCUCUUCCCCGGCGUCAAUGCCUCCCAACAAGAUAAAACUAGAGUAUGCAGACCUCGAGUUCCUCUAGAACAGACUGGUUCUCACAAAUUCACAUUCAAAGAUUGUUUGUUUCGAAUUCACACUCUCCGACGUCGAGCCGUGACCUCUGAGCUUCGACCUCCAGGCGUGACGACGAACCCCGACCGUGGGCCAACAGAUUUUCGGCGAGGCGAGCACCCCAGAUGCCGAGAGAAGGCCUCUGUUUGCGGCAAAGAGCUGGCCCUGUGCGAAGCCGAGAGUAGGCAGUCUGCGACUGAAACAUUUUCCCGAGCACCCAACGCAAAGCUUUUACCAACAACUGAUUCAACAUUAGUUCUGUUUGUAUACAUUGGUCCUGUGUUGAGCCUUUGUCUACAUGGAUAUUACAAAGUUACUGGAGGAUAUGGUCGUCCUGAUAUGCUCAGUAUAUUAUUGACAAUCUUAGGUCAGUGA